CUGUUGGAAUUAAUUGUGAUAUAUCUUGUUCGAAGAUGUUUUCGCAAUUUUUACAAAUUGCAGCGUUGCUGCUAGUAGUCAACGCAGAAUGGAAUACCAAAGACUACAUGAAACGAGAACAUUCUUUAAUAAAGCCCUACCAAGGAGCUGGGAUGUCCGUUCCGUUUUGGGAUUUCAUGGGGACCACUAUGGUUACUAGUAACUAUGUCCGUAUAACACCUGAUCUUCAAAGCGCCCAGGGCUCUCUUUGGAACACUGUGCCGUGUAAUGUGCGUAAUUGGGAGCUACAAGUACAUUUGAAAAUUCAUGGGAAAGGAAAAGAUUUGUUUGGUGAUGGAAUGGCCAUUUGGUAUGCCAAAGACAGGAUGGUUCCUGGACCUGUAUUUGGCAAUAUGGAUUAUCAUCAUGGAUUGGCAGUUAUAGUCGACACAUACAGUAAUCACAAUGGUCCACACAAUCAUCAACAUCCGUACAUAUCAGCCAUGGUAAACAAUGGAACUUUGCAUUACGAUCAUGACAGAGAUGGAACUCACACGCAGCUUGCUGGAUGUGAAGCAAAAAUGCGUAAUGUUGACCAUGAUACGUAUAUAGCAAUCCGAUAUGAGCAAGACAUUCUAUCUGUUUCUACGGAUAUGGAAAAUAAAGCUGCCUGGAAGGAGUGCUUCUCUGUUCGAGGCAUCCGUUUACCCACAGGUUAUUUCUUUGGCAUAACUGCGGCUACUGGAGACCUGACUGAUAUUCAUGAUGUAUUGUCAGUUCGCCUUUAUGAGCUUGAUGAUCCAAACAAUGGUAAAGAUAAUGAAGAUAGGUCUCAAAUUAUUCCUCAAGCAUCAUAUUUUGAGCCUCCACGUGAUCAUGUCGCUGAUCCCAAACCAUCCUCUCUGAGUGGGGUGAAAAUGUUCUUACUGAUGAUGGUUGGGGCAAUAGCUAUCAUAGCCUGUGUUGUUUUUAGUAUUAUGUUUUAUCAAAAACAUCAAGAAAACACAAGAAAAAGGUUUUAUUAAAUUUUAACAUAUAUUGUACAAUGCUGAAGUUGAUGCCUCACUCUCAACUAUAACACUGCAGAGGAAACAUAAACCUGACAUGAAUUAUUAAUUUCCUCAAGACUGAGAUGGGCUAGUCCCAAUAAGAGUUUAUGUGAUUGUAAUGGUGUGCCCACCUAAAAAGGCUCCUCAGAAGAAAAAUCACAUUUUAAUAAGGAUGAGAAGGAUAAGUACAAAGUAUAUGACAGCUUAUAUCUUGAGGACCAAGUUAUUUUGUCUUUCUUCUGAAUCUUGAUCAUAUUAAUUUUAAUACUAUUAGAUAACAAUAACUAAGGAAAAAUAGGUGAAUCUUUCUCCUUUUUGAGUUAUUUGAUUUGUUGUUUUUUAGGCAAAACAAUGUGAGUUUACUGUAUGAUUUUAUUUCCGUAUGAAACUCAGCUCCAAAGUGCUUCUAAACAUGCAUUCUCCUGUAUGCUUAGUUCGUUCUAAGAGUGAAGGAGUGUGUGUGUAUGUGUUAGAGAAACCAGGAGCGCCCUUGUUAAGAGGCACUGUUUAUCAUGCGCCAACUUAAGUACUUCUUUUACUUUUUUUAAAAUUCUACCAAACCAGAAUGUUUUUGUUUUUAUGUCAGAGCUUAAUUACGUUCUUAGAAUUUAACUUUUCUUUUCAGACCUGUUGUAUCACAUCAAAUUUUCUUUACUUCUUGUUAGGUAGAAACAUUUUCUCCUUCUUUGUACCCAAUUAAGUUGGGAUGAUGAAUGUAUGUGAUUGAAGUCCGUUAGUCGGCUAAAAUCAAGUAGGCUGGGCGCCAAAUGUUCCCUCUUUGCCAUACCAGCCUUGGGUGUUCAGGGCGGGCCACCAACUCCACUCAGCUGCCCGGCGGGUAUGUCUACCCAGCUCACUGCAGGCGCUACCAUUAGCGUCGUCCGGAAAUGUCGUUUGUGUGGGGACCUCUCGGGAGACCUUCUCAAAAUGGAAGCACAUAGUAAGCGGUACAGUGCUCAAUCCGGGGCAGGCGCUGAUCCCAGAGCGUUCACAGAGAACGCCCGUGCUCUUCGCUCUAGGCCUUACAUGCACAGUGCGUUCCGGCCCCCGGACGACUUUUGCGGCGGCCCGCGUUGAAUGUUGACUUCAGCUGGGUAAAGUUGACAUUUGCCGAUUCAUGAACUUAAAUCGUAACAAGGGUGGUAUAUUGAAAGAAACUUCAUUCAAUUUGGUCAUCAGUCUUCCUCUUUUUGAUAAUAAAUGACUUAGUCACCAGUUGCUCCAUUUCAUUUAAGUUCCUUUUCGUCAUAUUUUUUUGGUGAAGUAUCUUUUGAAAUGACUAAUGUCACUUUCUAAUCAUGUGUGUUUUACUCUUAACUAAAUUUACCGACCGGUCCAAUUCUAUUGCGUACUACUUUUAUCAGCCAUUCGCACUAUUUUGUUUUUGUUUUCUUUAUGUGGGAUGCUGGUGGUGGUGAUCUGUUUUCUCCUAGUCUUGUUGCACGAUUGGUUCUCAUCAUUGACUUACGCUCAUUGGAUGUGUUUUAUAUUUCAUUCUACACUGUAAUCUGAUUAAGACUUUGCUUUCUGCAACAAUCUGGAAGAUGUGUAAAUUUUCCUCAAAUUUGCUUGUUUGACCUUAAACUUUUACUCAAAGGCUAUGAUCAUGUUAAGUGCCAUUCUCUACUUUUACUCCAUUCUUUUAGAAUUUUCCAUGAUGUAAGUUCUGGUAUUUGAAAUCAAAUUAUCCCUGUAAUAACCUGGCAAGAAAAUAUUAGAUGUGGAAUUUAACUGUAUGUCUUUGUGUACAUCAUGUCUCAGUACUUUUUUAAUUAUACUUCUGCAGAAUCAAAUUUUAGUCAGAUUGUCAAUCAUAUGAACUUUACUGCCAAAAGCAGACAGUGUUUUUAAAAAGAUCUCAUUCGGAUCCCAUUUUAAAAUGUACCGGUAGUUAAAACAUUUGUCAGAAUAUUAAUGGUUGACUGACUGACUCUACUACCCACUAUCCCUCCUGUAAGUUGUGAUAAAUAUUCUAUUCAUUUUGUGUUACGUAUCUGAGUGGCAAUGUGUGCCAAACUCUGCAUGACUGGGCUUUUAUUUUGAAGACCACCAUGUAGAGGUAUUGUAUCUUUUUUUUUUUUAUUACAGUUUGAAUUGUAUUGAAAAUAAUUACUGAUUGUUGUGUUGCUCAAUGUAUUGAUGCCAAACCAUGUAUCAAAAAGAUCAUUACAUGACAAUUUUUUUGUUCUUAACAGCAGUACAGAACACGUAAAUUUUAUUUUAUAUUAAGCCCACAUCUGUUAAGUUGAUAUCAAGUUUACCGAUGCAGUCAGGUCCCUGUUGAAAGGGGGCUGUUUUAAUUUUGUGAUUUCUUUAAGUAAGUGUAGUAAUUGCUACCACGUUUAUUUAUUUGUUGUGAAAUAAAUGGAGAAACAUUCCAAAUGAG